AUGGAGACUGAAGCACUCGAAGGCGAAUCGGAGCCCCUGAAUUGCGCGAUAUGUGACGUUGCUCUGGAUAACAUGUCACCUAGUCUGCGUCAAGAGCACUACGAACUGCACUUCCAAGAUGCAGAAUCACAUCAAGAAGCAGUACCCUCUAGCCCGAAUACGACCCCAUCCGAUGCUCCAAGCAAAGAACAGUUUUGGACCAUCUCUUUGGCACCCCAGAGAAAGCCACCCUCAAAUGUCACACCAGGCCUCAUUCCUAUCUUGAGACAAGCUCUCCUCAGGUCCCAUGCAAAUGGCAAGACUCAACGAGCGGCUCUCUGCAAGGAUAGUAUUUGCCAUAUAGCAUCAGAGUUUCUUGACACAACAUACGGCUGCGGCUAUCGAAAUUAUAUGAUGGCCUGCUCUCUACUUUACGAGCAGGAUAUAAUACCUCAAUACAGACAUAACCUAGAUCAAGACGGUGGACCAAGCAUACGACAGCUACAAAGGCUCAUCGAAAUGGCUUGGUCAGAUGGAUACGAUCUCGUCGGAGCGACGCAGCUAAAGAACAGACUCGUAAACACGAAGAAAUGGAUAGGUACAGCAGAUCUCUAUACGGCAUUUACAUAUCGGGGCAUUCCGUCUCGACUUGUAGAUUUCCCUCAGUCGGGGGCUGACCCAGAAGUCCUUCCUCGUUGGGUGGCAAACUACUUUUUCCCGCCAAAGUCUACUGGUAAUAUACAGUCUGCACUCUCUGGAGCAUCGCCAGUUGUACAAACCGAGAAAGCGCCCCUGAUUCUUCAAGCAAGUAUCUCUCAUCAAGGGCACUCGAGGACAGUCGUCGGCAUAGAGACCAACAAGGCUGGAAUACUCAAUCUGCUCGUGUUCGACCCUGCAAAGAAGAUCCCAUCAAACCUACGUAAACAAGCUCUGUCAGCAUUCCCAAGUCCACAGAGCCCAUCACAUUCACACUUGCGAUCCAUUGCGUCUACACUCAAGGGUAGCGGAAAGCGACCCCGUGAAGAGGACGAGGAAGAUGAUCGCCAUAAUAAGAAAGGUCGACCAAGUUUCGUUCACAUUCACGACAACCAGAGCAAAGAAGAGAUCGAUUAUAUUGCCGUAUUGAAGCUGUUUCGUGUCCCGCUCAGUAACUUGAAGAAGCGAGACAAGUACCAGAUACUUACUUUCCCUCUCGAGCCGAUCCUCACCCAGGACGAGCGUGAGAGCAGAAAGGUUGUAACCAGUGAGAAAGUGUUUUGA